AUGACUUCGGUACUUCUCGAUCAGUCAAACGGCCAGCAGGCCAUGACAGCCUCAAUGGGCGAUCGCAUUCCCCUCAAAGUCUCCCAUCCCAAUCCCUCGUUGCAAGUGACUGCAGACCACAAGCUCAAAUCUGUCGACACACCUGUUUACGCUCCCAAACGAGGCGAGGCGCUGGUUCACAUAAAAGCAACUGGAAUUUGCGGGUCAGAUAUCCACUUCUGGAAGACCGGCCGCAUUGGAUCUUUGGUGUUUGAAGGUGACUGCACAAUUGGCCAUGAAGCCUCGGGGAUCGUUCUGUCGUGCGGCGAAGGUGUCAACCAUUUAAAGCCAGGUGACCGAGUUGCCGUUGAACCUGGUGUUCCCUGUGCACAAUGUUUCCUUUGUGACGAGGGACGUUAUAACCUAUGCGAGGAUGUCCAGUUUGCCGGCGUUUACCCUUACGAAGGUACCAUUCAACGUUACAAGAACCACCCUGCGAAAUGGCUACACAAGCUACCCGAUAACGUCACUUUUGCCGAAGGCGCACUUCUUGAGCCGCUUUCGGUAGUGAUGCACGGCAUCAAGACGGCUGGUCUUUCUAUGGGCCGUGGUGUAGUUGUAUGCGGUGCCGGCCCUAUUGGACUGAUCGCUUUAGCUGCAGCACGUGCUUCUGGUGCUCACCCCAUUGUGGUGACGGACCUAGAGCCCUCUCGGCUGGCCUUUGCGAAAGACUUUGUUCCUUCGUGCAUUACAUAUGAGGUGGACCGGACAAAGGAUGCCAAGGCUAAUGGAGAGGCCAUUCGUGCUCUCUUUGGGUCUAGCGAAUACGCUGCUCCGGAAACCAUACUCGAGUGUACUGGUGUGGAAAGUAGUGUAUGCACUGCUGCGUACACUGCGCGGCGCGGAGGCACCGUCAUGGUGAUUGGUGUAGGAAAGGCAAUCAUGAACAACCUACCGUUUAUGCAUAUUUCGCUUGCAGAGAUUGAUCUCCGGUUCAUCAACCGCUACCGCGACACCUGGCCCCCGGCUAUUGCCUGCCUCAGUGGUGGCAUCUUGGACCUGAAGAAACUUGUUUCACAUGUCUUCCCUCUUGAGAAAGCCGAGGAUGCGCUACACCUUUGUGCUGACACUCGAAACGGUAGUAUCAAGGUGUUGGUGGUCGAUGAGCAGGAGGCUUCGUUAUAG